AUAAACAAACCCACCACUAAUUCCGUGCUUUGCUUGUAAACUUUUGUGUUGUGAAAUACCUAUGUAUUUCGAUUUGGCACAAAAGAAUCCGUCUACUUAAUCGUUAUUUUUCGACAAUCACACUUCAGUACUAGCACAGUGUUCCAAGGUAAAGUUCUUCAAAAUGGAAAUGGAAAUUAUUUGUUCACCUCCACCUGCAAAAGUUGAGUCACCAGAUAGGCCAGUGCUAAAUAUAUCUGGAAGGGUAAAACCUCCCAUGAAUACUCCCCGGAUAAGAGGAAAAAAGAAACCCCCCACUGUUACAGAGGCACCUAAAGUGAAUCCAAACACAUUUCCAGUGAUUCUAAGCAGAAUCCUUCUGAAAACUGAUGUUCCACCUGUAGCUCCGCCGAAAAUAAAUCCAGCCGACUAUGUGCAGUACCUUUGUUUUCUCUGCCUUGAGAAACCAGCCAGUCGAAGGCGUGUCUAUCAUAUGUUCAUAACAACGGAAAAGGAUAUUGGCAAGGACUAUGAAAAAACCAGGAAGCUGUAUGAAAAUCGAAAGGAGUACAAAAAUGUUAACAAUAUAUCUGUGCAAACAAUAUGUGCGCGGGCAUUGUACCGCAGAGUUCAGACAAAGUUCGCGGAUAUGCAGUGGAACAAGGCCGGCAAUGUUUUUGAGACUGAGAUGAUAGGUCUUAAGGAUUCCUGGAGCAUUUCUGAUCAAGUUUAUGCUAUGCGCCUCGAGGAACACGAGCGACUUUUCAAUUACAUAAAGUUUAUGAAGUCAACGAACAGCUAAAUACUACCUUUCGAUUUUAAUUUUUAACUAGUGUAAAUUGUGAUAUCUUAUUUUAAUUUUCUGUAUUAAAUCGCUUCACUGUGCGUACUUAAAGUA